AUGCAACAAGAAGUCGAAAAGCCCUCUCGGGGCCCUCAAUCUCAGUUCCAACAGGGUCACCAAAUCCCUAUUGAGCAUCACAAAAAGCCCGGACUACAGGCUGAGAUGGAAGAUCCAAAGCCUACCUCGAGCCAACUUCCAACCGAUGAUGGCGGGUAUCAGACCUACAAAGCGGCGGGGAAGUUGUCAGGGAAAAGGGCCAUCAUCACUGGUGGUGAUUCAGGAAUCGGUCGCGCAGUUGCCAUCCUAUUUGCUAUGGAAGGAGCUUCUAGCCUGAUCACGUAUCUUCCCGAAGAGAAAAAAGACGCGCAGGAGACCAAGAGACGAGUCGAAGAGAUCGGGCAAAGCUGUUAUUGCUUCCCCACCGACCUUCGGGAUGCAAAGAAUUGCCAGGCCGUGGUUGACGAAGCCCUCAAGAGCUUAGGCGGCAUUGACAUCCUAGUCAAUAAUGCUGGAACUCAGACAAUGAUCGACGAUAUCAAGGAUUUGGAAGAGUCUCAAUGGCAAAGCACAUUCGACACCAACAUCCAUCCCAUCUUCUACCUCUCAAAGUACACGAUUCCUCACCUAAAGAGCGGCUCGACCAUAAUCAACUGCGCGUCUGUUAACCAUUAUAUUGGUCGCCCUGAUCUUCUUGACUAUACGUCAACAAAAGGAGCAAUUGUCGCCUUCACCAGGGGAUUGUCCAACCAGCAAGUCAAAAAUGGCAUACGGGUGAAUUGCGUGUGUCCCGGCCCAAUCUGGACACCUCUUAUUCCAGCAACCAUGAAUACUGCCGCCCUGGAAGAGUUCAGCGGCACACCGAUGGGUCGCCCAGGACAACCCAGUGAGGUUGCAACAUGUUUCGUUUUCCUUGCAAGUCAGGAUAGUAGCUUCAUCUCUGGCCAAAGUUUGCAUCCUAACGGGGGAGUUGUUGUCAAUGGAUAA